AUGUUUCCCAGGAGUUUGCUUUUCAUGAUCAUACUCAUUUCUCAGAUUAAAGAAAAGGCAAUCCUUGGAGUAGAAGGUCAAGAAGUGGUCUAUCCUAAAAGGCUUCCUCUGAGGCAGAAGCGAGAUGUUUGGCACAUCCAUGAUUAUGACAUACAGAUGGAAGAAGAAUUGUUGUAUGAACUAAAGCUAACUAGAAAAACCUUAAUACUUCACCUUUUAAGAUCAAGGGAGUUCCUAGCCUCAAAUUACAGUGAAACCUACUACUCCGCAAGAGGGGAGGUGAUCACCAGCUACCCUCCCACCAUGGAUCACUGCUUUUACCAAGGAUCCAUCAUACAUGAAUUUGAUUCUGCUGCCAGUAUCAGCACGUGUAAUGGUCUGAGGGGAUUCUUCAGGGUGUAUGACCAAAGAUACCUCAUUGAACCAGUGAAAUAUUCAGAUGAGGGACAACAUUUGGUGUUCAGGUAUAAUCCAAGGAUGCAGUAUGCUGCCAAUUAUUCUUGUACAGAAUUCAAUUUUACCAGGACAAAUGAUUCAAAGGAUGAUAUUAAAAUCAUGGAAGACCUCAAAAUAAAAAAUGUCCAUAAAGAAAAGUAUGUUGAACUGUUCAUUGUUGCUGAUUAUAAUGUGUAUCACAGGAAUAAUCAUCCUCAUAGUAAACUGAGGAACAGAAUUUGGGGAAUGGCCAAUUUUGUCAACAUGAUUUAUAAAACCUUGGACAUUCAUGUGACAUUGGUUGGCCUUGAAAUGUGGACAAAUGGAGAUAAAAUAGACAUAGAUUCAAAUAUAGAAAAUACCUUAUUACGUUUUUCAACUUGGCAAGAAGUAAUCCUGAAAAAGAGGAAAAAUUAUGAUCAUGUUAUAUUACUCAGUGGGAAAUGGCUCUACAUACAUGCACAAGGAACUUCUUAUUCAGAGGGUAUAUGCCUGCCCUAUUAUUCCUCCAGUGUUGUUAAGGAUCUUUUGCCUGACCUACAUGUAGUUGCAAGCAGAAUUGCACAUCAGCUGGGUCAUAACCUUGGGAUGAAGCAUGAUGAUUACCCAUGUACCUGUAAUUUUGAGAGAUGUGUGAUGGAUCAUGGUGGAAGCAUUCCUGCACUAAAAUUCAGUAAAUGCAACAGAAUUCAGUAUCUUCGACACCUGAAGGAUUAUAAUCCAACAUGCAUGUUCAACAUUCCAUUUUCUGAUAAAUUAAAUAAUUACCCAUAUUGUGGAAACAAGAAGUUGGAUGAAGGAGAAGAGUGCGAUUGUGGCCCUGUUCAGGUGUGCACCAAUCCUUGCUGUGAUGCAAACAAAUGUGUGUUGAAGCCAGGAUUUAGUUGUGCAGAAGGAGAAUGCUGUGAAGCUUGUCAGAUGAAAAAAUCAGGGUCCAUAUGCAGACCAGCAAAAGAUGAAUGUGAUUUUCCUGAAGUAUGUACUGGCUACUCUUCUGCAUGUCCUAACGACAAAUUCCAAGUAAAUGGAUUUCCUUGCAAGAACACAAAAGGCUACUGCUUCAUGGGGAAAUGUCCCACCCGGGAUGAUCAGUGCUCUCAAUUUUUUGAUAAUGAGGUGAAAGACAGUUCUGAUCUCUGCUAUGAGAUGAAUAAAAAAGGAAAUAGAUUUGGAUACUGCAAAAACAAGGAAAACAGAUUAAUUCCCUGUGAAGAGAACCCCAUUUGGCUUUGGUAUCACCAACAAGAACAUCUGCCUAGUCACCUACUGGAAGACACAUCUAUCCAUAUCCCUGGAGGCAGACCUGCAGAUCUUGGUCCAAACACAGAUCCUGAAGUGGCUGUGACACUUCAUUCUUUUCCUUCCUUCCCAAGUGCAGCUCUAGACAAUCUUCCUGCCCACAGAACUUCCAGGAAACAUGUGUGCAGCAAUGGUGAAUGUGUGGAACUUGAAAAGGUCUACAACUCAACCAAUUGCUCUUCUCAAUGUGAUGAAAAUGCUGUGGAUGACCAUGAACUUGAGUGCCAAUGCGAGGAAGAACAGAAACAUGUGGAUUGGGGAAAAAACCUAAAUGUUACCUAUAUAUCCAUCCUGGUUGUUGUGCUUGUCCUGGUUAUUAUUGGUGUUGGGGUAGUUGUAUUAUUAAUUCAUCACCAAAAAUGUAUUAAGUUGAAGCGAAUUCAGAGCCCACUUAGAGAUACAUUGGGAGUGGAGAAUAAAGGAUACUUUGGUGAUGAGCAACAGACAAGAACUGAGCCAAUUUUCCCUGAUAUUCAUCCCCUUCAUCAAAUAACUGCAGAGUCCUUGGAGCAGCUUCCAACCAGUUUUUCAAGUCCACACUACAUCACACUGAAACCUGCAAAUAAAGAUCCAAGAGGAAUUGCUGAUCCAAAUCAAAGUGCCAAAAUGAGCUUGAAAUUGGAUAUCCAAACUGGCUGUGCAAGGCUAGGUUGA